CGCGCGUCGCGUCGGCGCGCGAAGUCGGCGCGAAGUCAGCGCGCGUCUCGCGACGAAACCGAUGGCGAGGGAAAGGACGCCGACGCGACGGACGCGACGGACGCGACGGACGACGACGACGACGACGACGACGACGACGACGACGACGCGAAGGCGGACGCGAUGGGCGGCGUGCGGGGCGAUCGGGAUUUUGACGUUUUUGACGACGCUCUUGGGGGCGAACGGAGAGCCGGAGUGCCAAGAACGAAGCGAAACGCGCGCGGUGGACGUAGAACUCGACACCGGGGCGUGGCAAACGAUCGUCACGGGAGGGCUUGCGCUGUUCGGGGGGGACGUGGAGGCGAACGCGACGCUCGGGCCGUGGACGAUUGGGGGGGCGAGCGCGGACGCCUACGGAUGCGCGAUCGGUAGCGUGGGAGACGAUUUCACGGGUAAAGAUGUCUUGGUCGUGAAGCGAGGGGAGUGUGAGUUCUACGAGAAGGCUAGGGUGGCGCAAGACGUCGGAGCAAAGGCGGUCUUUGUGGUGAGCGAUGGGGAAGACUUCACCGCGAUGACGUGCAACGAGGAUCAGAAACUGGAUGUCGUGACCGUUUUAGUGACGGGAACGACUGGACAGGCGAUCCUCGAUGCCACCACGGAAGUGGGCGCGACGAUUACGAUCGCACGCUCCGACGCACUGCCGAGACAGUUUGAUUUCUUGGCCUCUGCGGCUCUCGUUGCGUUGGCCCUCGCUACCAUCGCCCUCGGUGGAAGGUGGUCGUUGAAGGACAAACGAGCCGUCGUGAGCUCAAAACGUGAUGAUGAUGACAUCGACGAUAGUAGUGACGGAGGAGAAGCCCAUGAGGGCAUCGAGAUAAACGAGUACAGCGCGUUUUGGUUCGUCAUCAUGGCGUCAGCGGUCUUACUCAUCUUGUUUUAUUCCAUGCAACAUUGGGUAUUCGUGGUGAUGAGACUGGUGUUUUCUUUCGCUUCCUUCCAAGGAUUGUACGUGAUAUGUUUCGAGGCGUUGAUGUCGAGACGAAAGUCGACCUCGAGGGAUUCAAGAGUGCUGUUGCCCAUCGUCGGCUCAGUUCACCUUUUGGCCAUUCCGGCGGCUGUAUUCGCUGGCUUAAUCGUUGCCACGUGGCUUAUAUUCCGGCAAGCCACGUGGGCUUGGAUGUUGCAGGAUAUCAUGGGUUUGUCAUUCUUGGUAAACGUGUUGCGUUUGGUGCAUCUGCCCAACUUCAAGGUGGCCACCAUACUUUUAUGUUGCGCGAUGUUGUACGACAUCUUCUGGGUCUACGUUCAGCCACAUUUGUUCGGUAAGAAGAGCGUGAUGGUCGCCGUUGCGCGCGGCGGAGAUGAAGGUGAAAGUUUACCGAUGCUAUUUUUAUUCCCGAGAGCUUCAAGUCCAGGGGAUUUCUCCAUGCUGGGGUACGGCGACGUCAUCCUUCCCGGUUUACUCAUCGUGCACAACUUGUUGUUUGACAACAGAAAGCGCAAUUUUUCGGAUACCAGGUACUAUUACUUCUUCUGGAGUAUGGUUGCAUACGUUGUCGGGAUGUGCUUGACGUUCACGGCGCUUUAUUUUGAGGUUGGAGGCCAAGGUGGACAACCAGCGUUGACGUAUUUAGUUCCCACCGUCGUCGGGACGACGGGAAUUUUAGCGUGGAAGCACGACGAUUUAUCAGACAUGUGGUACGGUGUCGACGAUGAUUACUCGGCAUUACCAUCGGAGUCCCAAUCUAUAUUGUAAAAAGUAAGAUACACGUAGUUGCGUAGAAACAA